AUGGGUCUCAAGCGGGCGCAACACAUUAUGGCGCGGUUUGCUCGACAGUUUCCCGAGCAACGCAGCUCCUUGAUGCGUGAAGUGGAGCAAAUAGAGCGUGAGACGCGGCAAGGCGGCGAUAUCACGCGCUUGCCGGAUCGUUGCAGGGCGCUUUUGCAGGAGUUCAAGGCAAACCGACCUCUGUUGUCGUAUGUGGCGCAGGGAUGUCCGUCGUGUUUGUCAGCCCUGUUGUCUCGGGCGGGCCGCUGCGAAGAUGUCGACGGGGCCAUCUUGAAGCUUGCAGCUGCCUUGGCGGUGUCCGGCGCUCGUGCUGACAAGCUGAUGGACAACAUCAACAAGAAUUUUUCAACGUUUAUGUUGCUUGUCUUUGUCCAUAACGCGACAUUGGCGAAUCUGGCGUCUUCACUGCUUGGUUGGGCAAUACAGUUGGCCUCUGAGGGCGAAAGACUUGCGUCGCGGUUGCUCUGUGACGAUGACUUUUGGUGGCGGUUGGAUGACCUUUGGUUUAAUGGUGGAACGCACGUGCCAUCUGGCCUUCUCACGGCCUCUCUAGGGUUGCUGCGAGCGUGUUGUAGUGUGACGAGAACGGCGCGCGGUGCUGUUGUCUCACGGUUGAUACGCCUUUGCGCCCUUGAAAGUGUGCGGGAAGACGAGUGCGUGAUGAGUAUGGCAUUGCAGCUGCUCGUUGUCGUGCGGCUCACGGCGGCGGAAUCCGACAGGGACGUCGAUGACUGCCUCGCCAUGCUCACCAACUCACGUGCGGCCGGUGCGGACGAAGACGGAAACGAGGCGCAAACACUCAGCGAGGCGUGGGCGACUGGCAGCGAUGAUAUUCCUGUCGCCGCGUUGAGUGCGGCGCUUGACUCAUUGCGGAGAGAUCAGUUCGACAGUGCAGCCCGGAUGAGGGAUCUUCACGCUAUCGCUCAACUGCUGUUUCUUCCACACGCGCCACCGGGCAUGGCAGCCGCACUGCUGGUGUUGUUGCCAGGGGCUCUGAAGACUGUGGUUGUGGCAGCCAGUGGUGUGGAUGAGAACGUUAGCGCAUGCGCCUGUACAAUCCUUGCCUUUGCCAUUAGUGGGCGGGAGUGGAAGGCGGUAGCUCCACGGCAGCAGUCAGAGUCACAAGAGCGGUACCAUUAUAAGGGGUUUGAUCCCGUGUACUACCAGAAUUGCUUAGUAGAACAUUUCUUUCUCCUCGGUGGCGUCGUACUCUUAGAAGAUUUGCUUACGGACUACAGCAACAGUGUCAUUGUGGGGGCACUUCGAUUACUUCGAUCGAUUCUUCAGUUCUCAGAUGAGGGGCGGAAUGUGAUAUUGGCAUCGAAAUGCAUCGAGGUGCUAUGCAGGGCCAUUGAAGAUAUGAGCCAAGAUUCUAAUCUUUCUCUCUUGUUGAAUGGCACCGAUGGGGAAACUGCCUUGUUCCUCGUACUCGACACGAUUGCUCAGUUGGGUGGCGAUGAAGUGCGACUGUUGCCGGAAGGAGCACUUGCAUGCAUCGGGGCAAUUGCCACAGAGGCACGAAGUAAUGCAAAAGUUUUGAAAGCUUCUAUUUGUGCCUUGACGUUACUUGCAAAGGCAUACCCCUUGGCAGCCACACUUGUGUUAGACUAUGAAUACAUGAACGCUGCUCUUGCGUUUGGUGAGAGUGUCGCCCCAAGCGAGUUGGAUGCCCUCUAUCUCAUAGGCUCUCUUAACAUCAUGGCCGUCAUCGUUUCUAGACUACCGUCAAGUGUUACGCUUGAAUGGAUUGAAAUCAUCGUACUGGCCUCACGACGACUACAGGCGUGGGAAGAGACUGUCCCUGGUUAUGCUUAUGCAUUUUGGAACACUCUCCUAGAGACAGUCGCCGCUUCCAAGGAUGGUUCCGCCUACUUGUUUGAGGAUGAAAACCUCCUUCGACUCCUGUGUGCUUCGUUGACGCGGUGCUGCCAGAUAUAUCUUACGACGAAAAAUAAGAGACCUGUUAGCAGUGAUGCAGAGGCUAAUACUGGUGACGGGAGUAGAAGUUGCGAGGCUCUUCAUCUGCUUUCGUUGCUGGUGCGGGUGACGAGGCACGUACCGCAAAUAGAGCCCCAGCGAUUCCCAGUGAAGGAGUGUAAUGUUCUCGAGGGCAUCGCGUUUCUUAUUGCUGCUUCUCAAGAUGUUGUUUCACCUGAUCUGCUCCUUGAUGCUGCGCUGACGCUUGUGACAGAUGAGGAACUUUGCGACACUGCCCUUAACAUCGUCUCACAGGCAGGGCAGUCUGUCGUCCCCGUUUUGCUGAGUCGCAUGCAGUUUUUUAUUGCGAGCCUCUCAACCUUUGCACCUACGACGGAAAAUAUGAAUACCAUGGAGGACUUCCGGGUUGCUUUGGUUGUCUUGCGCGGUGUCUUGGAGCACAGCGCCGCAAGCCAUACCCAUGCAACCCUUGAAGCAGUGACAGGCCUUGUCACGGCGGCACUUCGAUUACUUAAUGCGUCCCCACUACCCUUUGCACUGUAUACGUGCCUCUUGUUCUUGCUAUGCAGCAUGCUGCAUAUGGAGGGUGUUGACGUGACGGAGGUUGUGUGCCAGUUAUGUGCCACGGAUCGCCUUGUGGAAUUACUGUCACUUCUUCUGCGUCUCUCACGGGGACAUGAGGAGGAAGAAAACUUGUGUGGCCUGAUUUACGAACUGAUACAGUGGCUGUAUGAGGCACAAACCGUUUCGUCAUUGCCCAUUCGUUUGCAGGACGGUGCAUUUAUUUCCUUUGCGAUGGAGCACGGCCCCCGCGACUGUAAGCAUCCAUCUUGCCGCUCACUCCUCAUGCGGCUCUCUACGGCGGCAGGUUUUGAGCGUAAUAUGUUUGAGUCGCACGGAGAGUUGUGCCUUGCGGCCCCGAGAGAUGCCCCUGCGGGUAGUGGAGGUGAGAGCGGGGAGUUGUGUGCCGCCACUUUGCGGUGUGAUGAGGGGGCAGACGAGGAUAAGGGAGAGGAAGUGGAGGGGUGCUGUGGAAUUGCUGGGAAAUCCUGCUAA